GUUUAAGAAGAUUUUGACCCUGGUUUGAGCAGCCCUUCUUUCAUCAUGGGGGAGCUCUUCCGGAGCGAAGAAAUGACCCUCGCGCAGCUUUUCCUUCAGUCCGAAGCGGCAUACUGCUGCGUCAGCGAGCUGGGAGAACUUGGAAAAGUCCAGUUUCGGGAUCUAAAUCCUGAUGUGAACGUCUUCCAGCGUAAAUUUGUUAAUGAAGUCCGAAGGUGUGAAGAAAUGGACAGGAAACUCAGGUUUGUUGAAAAGGAGAUCAAAAAAGCCAACCUCCCCAUUGCAGACACUGGUGAGAAUCCGGAGGUGCCAUUUCCCCGAGACAUGAUUGACCUGGAGGCAAACUUUGAGAAAAUUGAAAAUGAACUCAAAGAAAUAAACACCAACCAGGAAGCCCUGAAAAGGAACUUCCUGGAGCUGACUGAGCUAAAAUUCAUCCUGCGCAAAACUCAACAGUUUUUUGAUGAGGCUGAAUUGCAUCAUCAGCAGAUGGCGGAUCCUGAUCUGUUGGAGGAGUCCUCGUCGCUGCUGGAGCCGAGCGAGGUGGGCAGAGGAGCGCCCCUGCGGCUGGGGUUUGUGGCCGGAGUGAUCAACCGUGAGCGGAUCCCGACGUUUGAGCGGAUGCUGUGGAGGGUGUGUCGUGGGAACGUCUUCUUGCGUCAGGCUGAGAUUGAAAAUCCGCUGGAGGACCCUGUGACGGGCGACUACGUGCACAAGUCAGUGUUCAUUAUUUUCUUCCAAGGUGACCAGCUGAAAAACAGAGUAAAGAAGAUCUGUGAAGGAUUCCGUGCUUCUCUGUACCCCUGCCCAGAAACGCCACAGGAAAGGAAGGAAAUGGCUGCCGGGGUCAACACUAGGAUUGAUGACCUCCAAAUGGUGCUGAAUCAAACCGAGGAUCAUCGGCAAAGGGUCCUGCAAGCGGCUGCGAAGAACAUCCGUGUCUGGUUCAUAAAGGUGCGCAAGAUGAAGGCCAUCUACCACACCUUGAACCUCUGCAACAUCGACGUGACCCAGAAAUGCCUCAUUGCCGAAGUCUGGUGUCCUGUCUCCGACCUCGACUCUAUCCAGUUUGCCCUCAGACGUGGUACAGAACACAGCGGCUCCACCGUCCCCUCCAUCUUGAACCGGAUGCAGACCAAUCAGACUCCUCCUACGUAUAACAAGACCAACAAGUUCACCGCUGGGUUCCAAAACAUUGUGGAUGCCUACGGCAUCAGCACUUACCGUGAGAUCAAUCCAGCUCCGUACACAAUCAUCACCUUCCCGUUCCUUUUUGCCGUGAUGUUUGGGGACCUUGGCCACGGGCUUCUCAUGACUCUCUUCGCUGUGUGGAUGGUGGUCCGGGAGAGCCGCAUCCUGUCCCAGAAGAAUGAAAAUGAGAUGUUCAGCAUGAUUUUCAGUGGCCGCUACAUCGUUCUUCUGAUGGGCGCCUUUUCCAUUUAUACCGGUAUGAUCUACAACGACUGCUUCUCGAAAUCGCUCAAUAUGUUCGGCUCGUCCUGGAGCGUCCGUCCGAUGUUCAGAGAGGGGAACUGGACAGACCAGCUUCUCCUGGAAGCACCAGUGCUUCAGCUGAAUCCUGCCAUUAAGGGAGUUUUCGGGGGACCAUAUCCCUUUGGCAUCGACCCAAUCUGGAACAUCGCCACCAACAAACUGACCUUCCUCAACUCCUUCAAGAUGAAGAUGUCUGUCAUUCUAGGCAUCAUCCACAUGCUCUUUGGCGUCUCGCUCAGUCUGCUGAACCACAUCUAUUUUAACAAGCCUCUGAACAUCUUCCUUGGGUUUAUCCCCGAAAUGAUCUUUAUGUGCUCGCUCUUUGGCUAUUUGGUCAUCCUUAUCUUCUACAAGUGGCUGGCUUUCGAUGCAAACACCUCCAAGGAAGCACCGAGUCUCCUCAUCCACUUCAUCAACAUGUUCCUCUUCUCCUACGACCCCAACGGCACAGCGCUAUAUCGCGGUCAAAAAGGUCUCCAGUGCUUCCUGGUCGUGGUGGCCAUGCUGUGUGUGCCGUGGAUGCUGGUUGCCAAACCCCUGGUCCUCCGCCAUCAGUACCUGUGGAGAAAACACCUGGAAGGGCAGCCCGAGGAACCCCCUGUCAGCCCAGCCCAGAGCCCGCAGGCACUAGAAGCAGCAGCGGCUGCAACAGGGACUAUGAAUUUUGGUGGGAUCCGUGUAGGCAAUGGGCCGACCGAAGAGGAUGCUGAGAUUAUCCAGCACGACCAGCUCUCCACCCAUUCGGAGGAGGCGGAGGAGCCUGCCGUGGAAGAGGUGUUUGACUUCGCAGACACGGUCGUCCACCAGGCCAUCCACACCAUCGAAUACUGCCUGGGAUGCAUCUCCAACACAGCCUCGUACCUGCGCCUCUGGGCACUCAGCCUGGCUCAUGCACGUAAGUCGGUUGCUCUGUGGACCAUGGUGAUCCACAUCGGGCUCCACAUCAGCAACCUGGGUGGAGGGUUAGCCUUGUUCUUCUUCUUCGCCGUCUUUGCCACCCUGACGGUGGCCAUCUUGCUGAUCAUGGAGGGCCUCUCUGCUUUCCUGCACGCCCUCCGGUUGCACUGGGUGGAAUUCCAGAACAAGUUCUACACCGGCACCGGGUUCAAGUUCCUCCCUUUCUCCUUCGACAGCAUCCGUGAUGGGAAGUUUGAUGACUAGACUUCAGACGCUCGGUUCGGAGCGUGGCAGUAAAACCCGGAUUUCCUCCUGCAUGCGUUCGUGUGCCUGAGUUAAAUGCUCUGAAAUUGUGUAGUUCUCCUGUUGUGAAAAUGACCUGUUUUCCCCCCCUGAAAGCUGUGCAGAAGACCUAUAAGGAGACCCCGGAACUUAGAAGCAGUUGUGGAAAUUCUGCAUUCAAGUCUCCUCAGCAGGGCCUGGGCAGAGGGCAGUGUUGGCUGCUUCCGGAUGGAUGUCCAGAAAAGGGAAGAAUAUCCUCAAUCACCCCAGGACUUCUACCGUGGUGCAGCCAUCCCAUUUCCUGCACGUGGGCUAGCAGAAAGCAGUCAGCUGGGUUCCAAAAUUCUAGUCCUUUGUGUGCCACCACGCUGGGAGGAGGGACACUUUUAACACUGCAUAAAACUUCUGUUGGCAAUACAAGGAAGUCUGUUUUCCCCACAUGCUUGUUUUGCUGCUUCUCAUCCCGUUCCCUAAAUACCACCUCCCGUUUUUUCUUCAUAGGCAGAGAUCUGACCAAGGGUGGGGCAUUGUGGAUCUCUGCUACAGGCCAGUCAGUCGCUUGUAGAAGCAUUCUGCCAUCUUUACCAGAGUCUCCGCCGUGCCUUCCCUUGAUUAAGUCACUCACUGCAAGAAAGCGUAUUUGGGGUGGGGGUGGGGAACGGGAGCGGCAGAACGGGUGGGGGGGGGCUCCCACAGGCAUCUGCCACAUGGCCCUGCCACUUAGGGCACGCUGUCCCCACCCACGCCCCUUCCACUUUGUGCUCAGUCUCUGCACCGCACAUGAAACGCUGUCCCCAAAUCCCCUCUCUGUGCAACAUCCCCCAUCUUGUGUGGGAGGAAGAAGCCUCUGGGAAUCCUGGCCUGGAAAGGAAACCGAUCUUUGGGGGCAAGUGGCCUGAAUAGCGCUGCUGGAAUUCUCCCUCCUCUGGCUGAAGAGGGAGGGGAGGUUGUGAUGGGGUUGACCUGCAACUUGGCUCCACCCGGUUCGUUUUUCCCAAGGAAACUUUGACUCUCUCUGCAAGUUCGAACAGCUUGUUUUGUUCCGAGGAAGGAGAGGGUCUUUUCAACCUCCAGGAAGCCACCCCCACGUGACCCCGACAGCCAUCUCUUGAUGAGAGGAAUAUUUUUUGCAAGCGGAGCUGCUGCUGUUAACCACACCUUGCACUGGGAACAUUCAGGCACCGGGGAGGGCUUCCCUUAGAAAACAGGAAUCUCCAAAGGGCAAGCCCCUGCCUACUCUCUGGGCUCGGUGUGCUUUCUUCUAAAACGGGUGUGUGUGUGUGUUACAUAGUGUGUGUGUGUGUGUGCAUAGAAGUGUUUGAGAAGUGUUGAGAAGUGUUUCGCUGUAGGUGGAGGUCCUCAGGGCAGUGAACCGAAGCCAAGAGCUCAUCUCUGGUCUGGUGGAGGGGAAACUGAGAAGCAUACCUGCUUUUGCAGGGGACCUGUGGUAUUCCCAGGGCUGGAGAAAGCAAGCAGGAGGGCAGCCUCUCCCAUUGUGUUUACAUGUCUUUGGACGAACCUUUAGAUGUGUUGUGAAGUCUCCCUUGUUUAUCCAAAUCAGCCAGUCACUGUAACUAUUAAACCAGUCAAACGCGA